CUAUAUUCGGAUUAUCUCAUUCAUACUUUGUUCGCCUGAUUUGACUGCAUUACCGAAAAUUGAUAUUUUACAUCAGACUCACAAGUCAAAAUGGGACAGAUAUUUUUGAAUGUUAAAAACAAUUUCAAAUACAAAUAAGCUCUUUAUACCCUUUUUUCGUCCGUUUCCAAUAUAUUUUGUAAGGGACUUUCAAAUUAAUUUCAAGCAAUGGACCCUACAGGCGAGGAAGAUUAUCGUUCACAUUUGAGGACACAUUUUAGGCAUAUAAUUAAGAAUCCGAAAUUACAAGUAAGCACCAAUAGUACCGUUCCAAGUACCGUGGACCGUUCCAAAUUGACAGAGUUUUACCAACUGCAGCAGUGUACGGCGCAGCAAUACAAGGAUCAUGUGCAGCGUACGCAAAAGUUAAAUGAAUACGACAACUACCAACAGCAGCGCAGACAAGCAUCGCAUUUAAGCGGUGGCGAUGCAGACCGCGCACUCCAUGAUGCACAUGUCCCUGAUCUUAGUAGUCAAGCCGAUAGUUACCGUGGCAGCUGCUACAAUGAAAGAAACAGUUUUAAUCGCCAAUCUCACUUCAAGUCAAAGGCAAUGGCUGCACUGCCAGUGCCCGGCGGCGCCAAUCAACAUAAAUACCAUAGUGAUGACGCCAAUGUGUUUUUAUAUGAAACUGACUCUAAUAUUGGCGGCGGUGGACCAGGUUCUGAGGAAAGCAAUAAAUCUCUGAAGUCUUCGAAAACAGUGGUGAGUAGGAAGAGUUCGCAAGAUUUGCGCAAAAUGGUCAAGUCACAGGUCAAGCUGCAAGAAGUGAUUGAUGAAACCUUGAAACAAAUGUGUUGCAGUGAUCCUGAGCCAUUGCCUGAGGGUGUAGAUUGCCGUUUAAGAGAUCAAGGUGAACAAAUGGGCUUACAGAAGACAUCCGGCUCAUGCAAACGCUGCACUGAUAAGAUAUAUUCGCGUUCAAGUCAAAAAGAUGUUAUGACUGAGAUUUCCAAGGGCGACUUUUUGGAAAGUCGCUCGGGCGACACACUCACGAUUUCGGUGGAUGAUGUUGUCAACUCCAAAGUGAUCAAUCCCAUGAUACGUAAGCUACAGCGUAUGUAUCUGAAUAAUUUGCGUGAAGAAAUGUCUCUGAUGGAAGAUCUGGAACGCCUGCCACAUAAGGUUAACGAGGUAUAUAAAGCAACUAUAUUCAAGCAGAAAGAAUGAGAUGUGCAGGAGUUAUCGAACAGGAACAGGAACCGAAGUAUACGUGUAAUAUUCUUAAACAUUUAUUUUUUUGUAAACCUCAAUUAUGUGCCG